AUGACAAUCGCAAAUAUCCCUUCGCAGGCAAAGGCUGCUAUCUAUGAUAAGCCAGGCACUGUCUCGACCAAAGUGGUCAUGGUCGAUGUACCUGAGCCUGGAACCGACGAAGUGCUGGUCAACUUGACACACUCCGGAGUCUGUCACUCAGACUAUUCUAUCAUGACCAAUAGCUGGCCUGCUCUUCCAUAUCCGACUAAAGAAGGCCAGGUUGGGGGCCAUGAGGGGGUCGGAAAGGUCGUAAAACUUGGUCCUGGAGCCGAGAAUUCAGGCCUCAAGAUCGGUGAUCGUGUUGGAAUCAAAUGGCUUGCUUAUGCCUGUGGUAAAUGUGACUUCUGCCUUGAAGGUACUGAUGGAUGUUGCCUUAAGCAAAAAAUCUCCGGGUAUUAUAACCCUGGAACGUUCCAACAGUUCGUUCUCGCGUCAGCAAACUAUGUUACCCCUAUUCCAGAUGGCUUGCCCUCUGAAGAAGCGGCACCCAUGCUCUGUGCUGGUAUAACGGUAUACUCUGCUCUCAAGCGCUCUAAAGCCCAACCAGGUCAAUGGGUGAUUAUUUCUGGUUCCGGCGGUGGAUUAGGACAUCUAGCCACCCAACUAGCCAGUCGUGGUCUAGGUCACCGAGUCAUAGGCAUCGACCACGGAAGCAAAGAGAGCAUCACUCGUGAUUCUGGUGCGGAGCACUUCAUCGAUAUUACUCAGUAUACCCCGGACGAGAAGGGAGCUGAAGAGAUUGUCAAAAAGGUCAACUCCAUGACAGGGGGCCUUGGUGCCCAUGCAGCAAUUGUAUGUACCGGAUCCAAUGCCGCAUAUGCACAAGCAUUACGCAUGCUGCGUCCAAACGGCACGCUGGUCUGCGUUGGAAUCCCACAUCACAACAGGGAACCGAUCGCGUCCUGUUCGCCAGCGCUCCUGGCUGGUCGUGCUCUCAACGUUGUUGGCUCUAUUGUGGGGAAUAGAAAGGAUGCUGUGGAAGUACUGGACUUUGCUGCUAGAGGGAUCAUCAAGUCCCAUUUGCGUGUCGAGAAAAUGGAUAAGCUUGCGGAGAUUUUUGAGCAGAUGGGUCGGGAUGAAAUUCAGGGGAGGGUCGUUAUAGAUCUAUCUUGA